AUGUAUCACAUAACGGACCCGGCGCAGAUGCGUAUGGACACUGGGAGGCUAAUAUCCAAGGGGUAUGCGGCAGGUCGGCGGCGCUUCAUUCGUGACGAACACGCGAUGGCAAAUGUGCCACUUGGUGCGGGGCCAUUAGACGGCGAUACGGUGUACAUAAGCUGCGUUGAUGGCGAGGGGAAUGCGUGCUCGCUUAUCAACAGCGUGUAUUCGGACUUCGGGACGGGGCUUGUGGUGCCGGGGACGGGCAUCGCGCUACAUAGUCGGGGCGCGUCAUUCUCGCUGGACCCAAGCCAUCCGAAUGUGCUUGCGCCGAAGAAGCGGCCGUUCCACACGCUUAUACCGGGGAUUGCGACUAAGGACGGCGAGUUGUGGCUGAGCUACGGCGUGAUGGGGACGGUGCAGCAGGCGCAGGGGCAGAUCCAGGUGCUGAGCAAUAUGAUCGACUUUGGGAUGACGCCGCAGGAUGCGCUUGACGCGCCGCGCUUCAGCUAUAGGCCGCUGGAGGGCGAGACCGGUCUGGAGCCGCGGAUUCCCGAUGAGGUUGCGGAGGAAUUGCGAGAGCGCGGGCACAGAAUUGUCAUAACGGAGUCGCACCCGCUGUACUUCGGGGGUGGUCAGGUUAUUGCGCGGGAUGCCGAGAGCGGAGCGCUUACGGGCGGGAGCGAGCCUCGCAAUGACGGGUGCGCGGUGGGUUGGUGA